AUGUCAGAGGGCGAUAAAGCUUCGGUCUCAUGCUGGACAUGCCGCCGACGCCGCGUGAAAUGCGAUCGGCUCCUCCCCGCAUGCCAAAAAUGCUACAAAGCAGCACAACCCUGCCAAGGCUACACCGAGAAGCCCCUACGAUGGGUCAAUAGUGUAGCCAGCCGGGGUAAACUGAUGGGGAAAACCAUUCCAAAUAUCCCGCAGAGUCAAUCAAUUGCCCGGGUUCUCAUUGACCCUGUCUUCCAAGACCUCUCCCCCGCCAAGCGGGGCUAUAUAAGCUACUUUGAUCAACACUGCUCUGCAGAGAGUACAUUGUUUCAGAGCAUGCCCACAAAUCCAUUCAAGGAGUUUAUGCGUUUGAUCCCGACAAGUGCCGGGCUUCUCUAUACCAUAAUUUCAGUGGCGGCUUUGCAUAAAGCACAACGACAUGGAUCGCUAGACCUCGAGGCUCCUGUUCGGUCCACCGAGCUGACAUUAACGACAUCGCUGCCUUCGCCGGAGUUCUAUGAUGCGUUGGUCAAUAAACAGCAAGCAUUAUAUCAUCUCCGAAAGGAAUUCCAAGACCCCAACGUCUCCAACCAUGACGGACCAAUCGCUUCAAUUCUUAUGUUUGUCUGGCUUGAACUCAUGGAUUCCGGAAGAGACUCAUGGAAAUAUCAUCUCACUGCCCUGAGGCGCAUUGUCCAAGCAACUCUUGUUCCAACAAUGGAUCAGACGGGUGGCUUCACUUCAACCUUCUGGAGUAGCUGUCAGUACUUUGAAAUGAUCUUCGCCACCUAUGAAAUCCUGGGUUCAACAUUCGUUAAACCCUCCCAGCCUUACCAGCCAUUAUUCACAACAAUGUCAAUAAUGCAUAUUCUCAAGCUCUGCGAACACCAAACCUGGGUCGGAUGUCCAGCAGAACUUCUCUAUCUAAUAUCACUAGUCAACACGGUCCCCGAAAGCGACGAGCAAAGCCUUUCAUUAAAAUCACAUAUCGCAGGACAACUUCAAUCGUUCUCGCCUCACAGAUGGUCGAUCGCAGAUACGAAAGUCCCUCGUAUGAUUGAAAGGUAUCAUUUUGCCUGUGUUUACAAAGAAGCCAUUGCGAUCUACGUCUCGCAAGUGACGGCGCGAUGGACCGAAGAGCCCUUUUCGAAUCUUUAUACCCGGGACUCUCUUGAUUCGACUAUUCAACAUAUGAGCUCGAUAAGUACCGAUGACCCGUUCUUCAAGGCACUGGUCUGGCCGGCUUUUGUUAUUGGUGCUGAGGCUAGAAAUGAGAGUCAGAGGAAGGCUGUGUUGGAAGUUACUGGGCAUUUGUGGACGGCGUGGCGGGCUGGAAAUAUUCGCAAUGCUGUGCAUGUCUUGAAGCAGAUCUGGGCACGUGGGGAUAAAGAGGGGUGGUCAAUGCCGUGGAUUGAAUAUCUCUAUGAAUGGGGUGAGGAUUGGAUGUUUGUUUAG